AUGACGGCAGGGCAGGGCCCAGCCCAUAUAAGGCUACGGGCAGCAGUGCAGCGGGUGGGCGGCUGUGCUCUUCCGGCCAUGCUCCGUGCCACACUCUGGCCGCUGCUACUGCUGCUGGCCUGCGGGGGGGCCCUGCUGGGUGCCGGCCUGGAUGCCACCUCUGCGGGUCACCCAGGACCCCAGGGGCUGAAAGAUUCCCCACACACAGCACCGGGCAGGGGCUGGUGCUCCACCUGGGGGCCCAGCCACUUCUCCACGUUCGAUGGCUACUUGUACGACUUCUCGGGGACCUGCAACUACGUCUUUGCGGCCACCUGCACGCCCUCAGUGGCCAGCUUCAGCGUGCAACUGCGGCGGGGGCCCGGCGGGGACAUCUCCCGCAUCAUUGUGGAGCUGGGGGCCGCCAUGGUCACCGUGCAGAGCGGCGAGGUCUCUGUCAAGGACGUGGGGGUGGUGGCCCUGCCCUACAGCAGCAACGGGCUGCAGGUCACGCCCUACGGCCAAAGCACGAGGCUGGUGGCCAGGCAGCUGGAGAUGGAGCUGGAGGUCCUGUGGGGGCCGGGUGCCCACCUGCUGGUGCUGGUGGAGGACAAGCACCGGGGCCGCCUUUGCGGGCUGUGCGGAAACUUCGACGGCGAGAGGACCAACGAGUUUCUGAGCGAGGACGGGAAGCUGCUGGAGCCCCACAAGUUCGCGGCGCUGCAGAAGCUGGAUGACCCCUCGGAGAUCUGCGCCUUCGAGGCCAUCCCCCGGCCGCCCCCGCGGGACGAGCACGCGGCGGCCUGCGCCCGGCUGCUGCGCCUGGUGGGCCCCGAGUGCGCGCUGCCGCGGGAGCCCUUCGUGCGCAGCUGCCAGGCCGACCUGGCGGCGUGUGCCCGGCCAGGCGCGCGGGACUGCGCCUGCGCCACGCUGUCCGAGUACUCGCGCCAGUGCAGCCGCGCCGGACAGCGCGUGCGCAGCUGGAGGGGCCCGGGCCUCUGCGAGCUGGGCGGCUGCCCCGCCAACCAGGAGUACCGCGAGUGCGGCCCGGCCUGCGCCCCCACCUGCUCCAACCCGCACCACAGUUGCCCCGGCGCCUGCACUUUCGGCUGCUUCUGCCCGGAAGGUACGGUGCUGGAUGACCUGUCCACCCCCCACACCUGCGUGCCCCUCGCCCGGUGCCCCUGCGUGCUGGGCACGGAGCUCCACGCCCCUGGGGCGGUCACCUCUGCCGCCUGCCAGACCUGCCGCUGCGCCCUGGGCCGCUGGGAGUGUGUGCAGAGGCCCUGCCCCGGCCACUGCGCCCUGGAGGGCGGCUCCUUCGUCACCACGUUCGACGCCAGGCCCUACCGCUUCCACGGCACCUGCACCUACACGCUGCUCCAGAGCCCCCUGCUGCCCGACGGGGGCGCCCUCACUGCCGUCUACGACAAGGCCGGCUACUCGCACUCGGAGACGUCCCUCACCGCCGUCAUCUACGCGUCCCGCCGGGACGAGAUCGUGAUUUCUCAGGAUGAGGUGAUCACCAACCGCGGAGAGGCCAAGUGGCUGCCAUACGUCACCCGCAACAUCACCGUCUUCAGACAGACCAGCACCCACCUGCAGGUGGUCACCUCCUUCGGGCUGGAGCUGGUCGUCCAGCUGCGACCCGUGUUCCAGGUGUACGUCACUGUGGGCGCCCGGUUCAGAGGCCAGACCAGUGGGCUCUGCGGCAACUUCAACGGGGACACGACAGACGACCUGACCAGCAGCAUGGGCCUGCCCGAAGGCACCGCCGCUCUCUUCGUGGAUUCCUGGCGGGCGGGCAACUGCCCGGCCGCUCUGGAGCGCGAGACUGACCCCUGCUCCAUGAGCCAACUCAACAAGGUGUGUGCUGAGACCCACUGCUCGGUGCUGGUGAAGAAGGGCACAGUGUUUGAGCAGUGCCAUGCUGCGGUGGACCCCAAGCCCUUCUACAAGAGGUGUGUGUACCAGGCCUGCAACUACGAGGAGACCUUCCCCCACAUCUGUGCAGCCCUGGGAGCCUAUGCCCACGCCUGUGCCUCGCGGGGUGUGCUGCUACGGGGCUGGAGGGCCAGCGUGGACAACUGCACCAUCCCCUGCUCGGGAAACCAGACCUUCAGCGACGACGGCCAGGCCUGUGGCCGCACGUGCCUGUCCCUGUCGGCGCCCGAGGCCGAGUGCCACGCCAGUGCGGUGCCCGUGGAUGGCUGCAUCUGCCCCGAGGGCACCUUCCUGGACCACAGAGGGGAGUGUGUGCCCCGCACCCAGUGCCCCUGCCUGCUGGACGGGCACAAGCUGCUCCUGGCUGACCAGUCCGCCACGGUCAACGGCGCCUUCUGCACCUGCGCCCGUGGGCGGCUGAGCUGCCCUGCACGCCCGCUGACGCUCCUGGCCUCCUGUUCGGCCCCUAAGACCUUCCAGACCUGCAGCCAGUCCUCGGAGAACAAGUUUGGCGCCGCCUGCGCGCCCACCUGCCAGAUGCUGGCCACCGGCCUGCCCUGCGUGCCCACCAAGUGCGAGCCGGGCUGCGUGUGCCCCGACGGGCUGUACGAGGACGCGGAGGGGCGGUGUGUGCGGCCUGAGCGGUGCCCCUGCGAGUUUGGGGGGGCCUCCUACCCCCCGGGUGCCCAGCUCCACGCCGACUGCAAGGCCUGCACCUGCACGGGAGGGAAGUGGACGUGCCGCCAGGGCACCCACUGCGCGUCCACCUGCACCCUGUACGGAGAGGGCCACGUGGUCACCUUCGACGGCCGGCGCUUUGUCUUUGACGGCAGCUGCGAAUACGUUCUGGCCACGGACGGCUGCGGCGCCAAGGACUCUCAGCCCACCUUCAAGAUCCUGACGGAGAACGUGGUCUGUGGGAAGUCGGGGGUCACCUGCUCACGGGCCAUCAAGCUCCGCGUGGGGGGACUGGCCAUCGAGCUGGCGGACAGGAACUACACGGUGCGCGGGCGGGAGCCGGGCGUGGCCUUCCGCGUGGCGGCCGGGUCCCCACACCUACUGCUGGAGGUGGCCCUGGGCCGCAGCUACAACCUGACGCUCGUGUGGAACAAGCGCAUGGCCCUGCUCCUCAGGGUGGAGCGCGCUCAGCAGGACGCCCUCUGUGGCCUGUGCGGAAACUCCAACGGGAACAUGCGGGACGACCUGGAGACGCGCGGCGGGUACGUGGCAGCCAGCGAGCUGCAGGCGGUCGACUCGUGGAGGGAGAGCCCGCUGUGCGCCGACGCCAGGCCCGCGGCCGAGCCCUGCAGCCUCAACGCCUUCCGCCGCGCCUGGGCCGAGCGCAAGUGCGCCAUCAUCAACAGCCAGACCUUCGCGGCCUGCCACGGCAAGGUGUACCGCAUGCCCUACUACGAGGCCUGCGUGCGAGACGCCUGCGGCUGUGACUCGGGCGGGGACUGCGAGUGUCUGUGCGACGCGGUGGCCGCCUACGCCCAGGCCUGCCUGGACAAGGGGGUGUGCGUGGACUGGAGGGCCCCCGACUUCUGCCCCGUCUACUGCGACUUCUACAACAGCCACACUCGGGCCGGCGGGCAGUACCAGUACACCCAGGAGGCCAACUGUUCCUGGCACUACCAGCCCUGCCUGUGCCCUGGCCGGCCCCAGGGAGUCCCGGGCACCAACAUGGAAGGCUGCUACAACUGCUCGCGGGACCAGUACUUUGACCACGAGCAGGGGGCGUGUGUGCCCUGCGCUCCCCCCAGGACCUCACUCCCCUCCACCUCCUCGGUCACCCCCACUUCUCAGAAAGUCAACACUCCAACACACCCAGAGACCCCCAGCACCGCACCCCACACAGGCACACAGGCUCCAUCCUCCCCGGUCCCGGGCACCGUCACGCAGACCACCACUCGCACCACUGGGGUCCAGACCCCCACGAGCACCUCCAGAACCUCCUCCUCCAUGGCCCCUCACACUCCAGCCCCGGGAACCUCUCAGUCCACAGCACCCCCACUCAGCAGCACCAGCACAAGCCGACCCAGCUCUCCGGGGACUGGCACCCCAGUGACAGGAUCCCAAACUGGCACGCCCGGCACACCCAGCACGCCACUCACCUCGAGCACACACACAACCGGGCCCCCCACGGGCUCGUCCUUCAGGACCACCACCCACACCCCGACAGCUCCCCCCAGGACCUCACUCCACUCCACCUCCUCAGUCACCCCCACUUCUCAGAAAGUCAGCACUCCAACGCACCCAGAGACCCCCAGCACCGCACCCCACACAGGCACACAGGCUCCAUAUUCGUCUGUCCCAGUCACCGUCACGGAGACCACCACUCACACCACUGGGGUCCAGACCCCCACGAGCACCUCCAGAACCUCCUCCUCCAUGGCCCCUCACACUCCAGCCCCGGGAACCUCUCAGUCCACAGCACCCCCACUCAGCAGCACCAGCACAAGCCGACCCAGCUCUCCGGGGACUGGCACACCCGCCACGCCCAGCACGCCACUCACCUCGAGCACACACACAACCGGGCCCCCCACGGGCUCGUCCUUCAGGACCACCACCCACACCCCGACAGCUCCCCCCAGGACCUCACUCCACUCCACCUCCUCAGUCACCCCCACUUCUCAGAAAGUCACCACUCCAACGCACUCACAGACCAGCACCGCACCCCACACAGGCACACAGGCUCUAUCCUCCCCGGUCCCGGGCACCGUCACGGAGACCACCACUCGCACCACUGGGGUCCAGACCCCCACGAGCACCUCCAGAACCUCCUCCAUGGCCCCUUACACUCCAGCCCCGGGAACCUCUCAGUCCACAGCACCCCCACUCAGCAGCACCAGCACAAGCCGACCCAGCUCUCCGGGGACUGGCACCCCAGUGACAGGAUCCCACACUGGCACGCCCAGCACGCCCAGCACGCCACUCACCUCGAGCACACACACAACCGGGCCCCCCACGGGCUCGUCCUUCAGGACCACCACCCACACCCCGACAGCUCCCCCCAGGACCUCACUCCACUCCACCUCCUCAGUCACCCCCACUUCUCAGAAAGUCACCACUCCAACGCACCCAGAGACCCCCAGCACCGCACCCCACACAGGCACACAGGCUCCAUCCUCCCCGGUCCCGGGCAACGUCACGGAGACCACCACUCGCACCACUGGGGUCCAGACCCCCAUGAGCACCUCCAGAACCUCCUCCUCCAUGGCCCCUCACACUCCAGCCCCGGGAACCUCUCAGUCCACAGCACCCCCACUCAGCACCACCAGCACAAGCCGACCCAACUCUCCGGGGACUGGCACCCCAGUGACAGGAUCCCACACUGGCACGCCCGCCACGCCCAGCUCGCCACUCACCUCGAGCACACACACUACCGGGCCCCCCACGGGCUCGUCCUUCAGGACCACCACCCACACCCCGACAGCUCCCCCCAGGACCUCACUCCCCUCCACCUCCUCGGUCACCCCCACUUCUCAGAAAGUCAGCACUCCAACGCACCCAGAGACCAGCACCGCACCCCACACAGGCACACAGCCUCCAUCCUCCCCGGUCCCGGGCACCGUCACGGAGACCACCACUCACACCACUGGGGUCCAGACCCCCACGAGCACCUCCAGAACCUCCUCCUCCAUGGCCCCUCACACUCCAGCCCCGGGAACCUCUCAGUCCACAGCACCCCCACUCAGCACCACCAGCACAAGCCGACCCAGCUCUCCGGGGACUGGCACCCCAGUGACAGGAUCCCACACUGGCACCCCCGCCACGCCCAGAACGCCACUCACCUCGAGCACUCACACAACCGGGCCUCCCACGGGCUCAACCUUCAGGACCACCACCCACACCCCGACAGCUCCCCCCAGGACCUCCCUCCCCUCCACCUCCUCGGUCACCCCCACUUCUCAGAAAGUCAGCACUGCAACACACCCAGAGACCAGCACCACACCCCACACAGGCACACUGGCUCCAUAUUCGUCUGUCCCAGUCACCGUCACGGAGACCACCACUCACACCACUGGGGUCCAAACCCCCACGAGCACCUCCAGAACCUCCUCCUCCAUGGCCCCUCACACUCCAGCCCCGGGAACCUCUCAGUCCACAGCACCCUCAUUCAGCAGCACCAGCACAAGCCGACCCAGCUCUCCGGGGACUGGCACACCCGCCACGCCCAACACGCCACUCACCUCGAGCACACACACAACCGGGCCCCCCACGGGCUCGUCCUUCAGGACCACCACCCACACCCCGACAGCUCCCACCAAGACCUCACUCCCCUCCACCUCCUCGGUCACCCCCACUUCUCAAAAAGUCAGCACUCCAACGCACCCACAGACCAGCACCGCACCCCACACAGGCACACAGGCUCCAUCCUCCCCGGUCCCGGGCACCGUCACGGAGACCACCACUCACACCACUGGGGUCCAGACCCCCACGAGCACCUCCAGAACCUCCUCCAUGGCCCCUCACACUCCAGCCCCGGGAACCUCUCAGUCCACAGCACCCCCACUCAGCACCACCAGCACAAGCCGACCCAACUCUCCGGGGACUGGCACCCCAGUGACAGGAUCCCACACUGGCACCCCCGCCACGCCCAGCACGCCACUCACAUCGAGCACACACACUACCGGGCCCCCCACGGGCACGUCCUUCAGGACCACCACCCACACCCCGACACCUCCCCCCAGGACCUCACUCCCCUCCACCUCCUCGGUCACCCCCACUUCUCAGAAAGUCACCACUCCAACGCACCCACAGACCAGCACCGCACCCCACACAGGCACACAGGCUCCAUCCUCCCCGGUCCCGGGCACCGUCACGGAGACCACCACUCGCACCACUGGGGUCCAGACCCCCACGAGCACCUCCAGAACCUCCUCCUCCAUGGCCCCUCACACUCCAGCCCCGGGAACCUCUCAGUCCACAGCACCCCCACUCAGCAGCACCAGCACAAGCCGACCCAGCUCUCCGGGGACUGGCACACCCGCCACGCCCAACACGCCACUCACCUCGAGCACACACACAACCGGGCCCCCCACGGGCUCGUCCUUCAGGACCACCACCCACACCCCGACAGCUCCCACCAAGACCUCACUCCCCUCCACCUCCUCGGUCACCCCCACUUCUCAAAAAGUCAGCACUCCAACGCACCCACAGACCACCACCGCAUCCCACACAGGCACACAGACUCCAUCCUCCCCGGUCCCGGGCACCGUCACGGAGACCACCACUCACACCACUGGGGUCCAGACCCCCACGAGCACCUCCAGAACCUCCUCCAUGGCCCCUCACACUCCAGCCCCAGGAACCUCUCAGUCCACAGCACCCCCACUCAGCAGCACCAGCACAAGCCGACCCAGCUCUCCGGGGACUGGCACCCCAGUGACAGGAUCCCACACUGGCACGCCCAGCACGCCCAGCACGCCACUCACCUCGAGCACACACACAACCGGGCCCCCCACGGGCUCGUCCUUCAGGACCACCACCCACACCCUGACAGCUCCCCCCAGGACCUCACUCCACUCCACCUCCUCAGUCACCCCCACUUCUCAGAAAGUCAGCACUCCAACGCACCCAGAGACCCCCAGCACCGCACCCCACACAGGCACACAGGCUCCAUAUUCGUCUGUCCCAGUCACCGUCACGGAGACCACCACUCACACCACUGGGGUCCAGACCCCCACGAGCACCUCCAGAACCUCCUCCUCCAUGGCCCCUCACACUCCAGCCCCGGGAACCUCUCAGUCCACAGCACCCCCACUCAGCACCACCAGCACAAGCCGACCCAACUCUCCGGGGACUGGCACCCCAGUGACAGGAUCCCAAGCUGGCACCCCCGCCACGCCCAGCACGCCACUCACCUCGAGCACACACACAACCGGGCCCCCCACGGGCUCGUCCUUCAGGACCACCACCCACACCCCGACAGCUCCCACUAAGACCUCACUCCCCUCCACCUCCUCGGUCACCCCCACUUCUCAAAAAGUCAGCACUCCAACGCACCCACAGACCAGCACCGCACCCCACACAGGCACACAGGCUCCAUCCUCCCCGGUCCCGGGCACCGCCACGGAGACCACCACUCACACCACUGGGGUCCAGACCCCCACGAGCACCUCCAGAACCUCCUCCUCCAAGGCCCCUCACACUCCAGCCCCAGACACCUCUCAGUCCACAGCACCCCCACUCAGCAGCACCAGCACAAGCCGACCCAGCUCUCCGGGGACUGGCACCCCAGUGACAGGAUCCCACACUGGCACGCCCGGCACGCCCAGCACGCCACUCACCUCGAGCACACACACAACCGGGCCCCCCACGGGCACGUCCUUCAGCACCACCACCCACACCCCGACAGCUCCCCCCAGGACCUCACUCCACUCCACCUCCUCAGUCACCCCCACUUCUCAGAAAGUCACCACUCCAACGCACCCAGAGACCCCCAGCACCGCACCCCACACAGGCACACAGGCUCCAUCCUCCCCGGUCCCGGGCACCGUCACGGAGACCACCACUCGCACCACUGGGGUCCAGACCCCCACGAGCACCUCCAGAACCUCCUCCUCCAUGGCCCCUCACACUCCAGCCCCGGGAACCUCUCAGUCCACAGCACCCCCACUCAGCAGCACCACCACAAGCCGACCCAGCUCUCCGGGGACUGGCACACCCGCCACGCCCAACACGCCACUCACCUCGAACACACACACAACCGGGCCCCCCACGGGCACGUCCUUCAGGACCACCACCCACACCCCGACAGCUCCCACCAAGACCUCACUCCCCUCCACCUCCUCGGUCACCCCCACUUCUCAAAAAGUCAGCACUCCAACGCACCCACAGACCAGCACCGCACCCCACACAGGCACACAGGCUCCAUCCUCCCCGGUCCCGGGCACCGUCACGGAGACCACCACUCACACCACUGGGGUCCAGACCCCCACGAGCACCUCCAGAACCUCCUCCAUGGCCCCUCACACUCCAGCCCCGGGAACCUCUCAGUCCACAGCACCCCCACUCAGCACCACCAGCACAAGCCGACCCAACUCUCCGGGGACUGGCACCCCAGUGACAGGAUCCCACGCUGGCACGCCCGCCACGCCCAGCACGCCACUCACAUCGAGCACACACACUACCGGGCCCCCCACGGGCACGUCCUUCAGCACCACCACCCACACCCCGACACCUCCCCCCAGGACCUCACUCCCCUCCACCUCCUCGGUCACCCCCACUUCUCAGAAAGUCACCACUCCAACGCACCCACAGACCAGCACCGCACCCCACACAGGCACACAGGCUCCAUCCUCCCCGGUCCCGGGCACCGUCACGGAGACCAUCACUCGCACCACUGGGGUCCAGACCCCCACGAGCACCUCCAGAACCUCCUCCUCCAUGGCCCCUCACACUCCAGCCCCGGGAACCUCUCAGUCCACAGCACCCCCACUCAGCAGCACCAGCACAAGCCGACCCAACUCUCCGGGGACUGGCACCACAGUGACAGGAUCCCACACUGGCACCCCCGCCACGAGCAGCACGCCACUCACCUCGAGCACACACACAACCGGGCCCCCCACGGGCUCGUCCAUUAGCACCACCACCCACACCCCGACACCUCCCCCCAGGACCUCACUCCACUCCACCUCCUCGGUCACCCCCACUUCUCAGAAAGUCAGCACUGCAACACACCCAGAGACCAGCACCGCACCCCACACAGGCACACAGGCUCCAUAUUCGUCUGUCCCAGUCACCGUCACGGAGACCACCACUCACACCACUGGGGUCCAGACCCCCACGAGCACCUCCAGAACCUCCUCCUCCAUGGCCCCUCACACUCCAGCCCCGGGAACCUCUCAGUCCACAGCACCCCCACUCAGCAGCACCAGCACAAGCCGACCCAGCUCUCCGGGGACUGGCACCCCAGUGACAGGAUCCCACACUGGCACGCCCGGCACGCCCAGCACGCCACUCACCUCGAGCACACACACAACCGGGCCCCCCACGGGCACGUCCUUCAGCACCACCACCCACACCCCGACAGCUCCCCCCAGGACCUCACUCCACUCCACCUCCUCAGUCACCCCCACUUCUCAGAAAGUCACCACUCCAACGCACCCAGAGACCCCCAGCACCGCACCCCACACAGGCACACAGGCUCCAUCCUCCCAGGUCCCGGGCAACGUCACGGAGACUACCACUCGCACCACUGGGGUCCAGACCCCCACGAGCACCUCCAGAACCUCCUCCUCCAUGGCCCCUCACACUCCAGCCCCGGGAACCUCUCAGUCCACAGCACCCUCACUCAGCACCACCAGCACAAGCCGACCCAACUCUCCGGGGACUGGCACCCCAGUGACAGGAUCCCAAGCUGGCACCCCCGCCACGCCCAACACGCCACUCACCUCGAGCACACACACAACCGGGCCCCCCACGGGCACGUCCUUCAGCACCACCACCCACACCCCGACAGCUCCCCCCAGGACCUCACUCCUCUCCACCUCCUCGGUCACCCCCACUUCUCAAAACGUCACCACUCCAACGCACCCAGAGACCCCCAGCACCGCACCCCACACAGGCACACAGGCUCCAUCCUCCCCGGUCCCGGGCACCGUCACGGAGACCACCACUCGCACCACUGGGGUCCAGACCCCCACAAGCACCUCCAGAACCUCCUCCUCCAUGGCCUCUCACACUCCAGCCCCGGGAACCUCUCAGUCCACAGCACCCCCACUCAGCAGCACCAGCACAAGCCGACCCAGCUCUCCGGGUACUGGCACACCCGCCACGCCCAACACGUCACUCACCUCGAGCACACACACAACCGGGCCCCCCACGGGCACGUCCUUCAGGACCACCACCCACACCCCGACAGCUCCCACCAAGACCUCCCUCCCCUCCAACUCCUCGGUCACCUCCACUUCGCAGAAAGUCACCACUCCAACACACCCACAGACCAGCACCGCACCCCACACAGGCACACAGGCUCCAUCCUCCCCGGUCCCGGGCACCGUCACGGAGACCACCACUCGCACUACUGGGGUCCAGACCCCCACGAGCACCUCCAGAACCUCCUCCUCCAUGGCCCCUCACACUCCAGCCCUGGGAACCUCUCAGUCCACAGCACCCCCACUCAGCAGCACCAGCACAAGCCGACCCAGCUCUCCGGGGACUGGCACACCCGCCACGCCCAGCACGCCACUCACCUCGAGCACACACACAACCGGGCCCCCCACGGGCUCGUCCUUCAGGACCACCACCCACACCCCGACAGCUCCCCCCAGGACCUCACUCCCCUCCACCUCCUCGGUCACCCCCACUUCUCUGAAAGUCAGCACUGCAACACCACUCACCUCGUCCUUGGGACCUUCGCCCUCCAACCCCUCCAGCACACACAGAACUGGGCCCCCUACGGGCUCGUCCAUUAGCCCCCCUGGUAGCUCCUUGUCCCCUGCGCCAGCCCCCUCUACUGCCCCCGUUUCCCUGCCUGUGCUUGUCAGUUCCUCAACCUCUCUCUCCAGCCUGACAUCUGUGUCCCCACUGUCCCCAACUGUUAGCUCAGUGCAUAGCCCACCCAUGAGCUCGGCCCACCCGUCAGCCUCUCCAAGCCCUUCCUCCCCCCUCCCUGGGUCACCUCCGGCCUCCUCGCCUACAAGCUCCGUUCCUGUGUCCCCAACACUGCAUCCCUCCGAUAUGCCCUCCACACAUCCCGCACCCCUCUCCCCCUUCUCUACCCUGCCACCAACUCCCAGCACUUCCUCCCUUCCGGCCACACCUAGGACAUCAACCCCACUGCCGCCGGCCUCUGUCCUCGUGUCUUCGCAAUCCACCACCGCCCAGGCCACCACCCGCACUUCGCACUCCCCCACACCGGGUCCGGCCUCCACACUUGGCGUGACCCCCACCUGGAGCCCUGGAGCCACCAACCUCACCACCCGGCCGCCGAGCUCUCCGGGGCUGCUGACCACCGCCCAGCCCUCCCCUGGGGUCUCGGCCUCCUCUCAGCCCUUGCCUCCUGUCCCGCCUUCCACCAGCUCACCCAGUGUGUGCAGUGUGAAGGAGCACCGAGAAGUGGUCACCUACCAGGGCUGCACGGCCAAUGUGACCAUAACUCACUGCCAGGGCACCUGUGUGUCAGCUGCCAGCUUCAACGUGGCCACGGGGCGCGUGGACUCGCACUGCAGCUGCUGCCACCCCCUCAGCACCUACGAGCAGCAGCUGGAGCUGCCCUGCCCCGACCCGCAGGCGCCGGGCCGUCCGCUCGUGCUCACGCUCAGGCUCUUCCGCAGCUGCGCGUGCGGCCCCCAGAGCUGCCGCGACCAGGGCCGGAGGGCCGCCCUGGGAAAUAAAUAAAGCGACUCUGACAGGCACAGCGGCCUGGCCUC